UCCAAAGACAUGGAUUUCGUACCAGCGAUUGUGUUCUUUGUGGCGUGCUGGAUCGGCACCGGUGCAGUUUUCAAUCUUAAGUACACAGUGGAGGAAGAACUGCGCGCAGGAACCAAGAUCGCCAACGUGACCGCGGAUGCCAAAGUGGCUGGAUUUGCGCUGGGAAGCCGACAACCUUAUUUGCGCGUGAUCUCCAAUUCCGAGCCACGAUGGGUGAACCUGAGCCCGGCAGGACUUCUUAUCACUAAGCAGAAAAUCGAUCGCGAUGCUGUUUGUCGGCAGAUGCCAAAGUGCGUGAUUUCUUUAGAGGUGAUGUCUAACUCUAUGGAGAUCUGCGCGAUUAAAAUCGAAAUCUUGGACAUAAAUGAUAACGCGCCUCGAUUCCCGACCAGCCAUAUCGAGAUCGAAAUUUCGGAAAACGCUGCUCCGGGUACGCGGUUCCCUCUAGAGGGGGCGAGCGAUCCGGACGCCGGAAGCAAUGGCGUACAGACCUACACGAUCACCCCGAAUGAUAUCUUCGGCUUGGAGAUCAAGACUAGAGGAGAUGGAUCUAAAAUCGCCGAGCUGGUUGUGGAAAAGACUCUGGAUAGGGAGACGCAGCCUCAUUACACGUUUGAGAUAACAGCCGAGGAUGGUGGAGACCCCCCAAAGACUGGCAAUGUCCAACUUAAUAUUAAAGUUAUAGACUCAAACGAUAAUAAUCCUGUUUUUGAUGAGCCAGUCUACAGUGUUAACGUGAUGGAGAAUUCUCAGUUAAAUACAUUAGUAAUAGACUUAAACGCUACGGAUCCUGACGAAGGGACAAAUGGUGAAGUUGUUUAUUCCUUUAAUAAUUUUGUUUCCAACCUAACUAAGCAGAUGUUCAAAAUCGAUCCCAAAACCGGUGUCAUAACAGUGAACGGGAUUCUAGAUCAUGAAGAAAUGCAUGUGCAUGAAAUAGAUGUUCAAGCCAAAGAUCUGGGUCCUAAUUCCAUCCCUGCUCACUGCAAAGUUAUAGUCAAUGUCAUAGAUGUCAAUGACAAUGCACCUGAAAUUAAACUUUUGUCAGAGAACAGUGAAAUGGUUGAGGUGAGUGAGAACGCACCUCUUGGAUAUGUCAUUGCCCUUGUCAGAGUAUCAGACAAUGACUCGGGUGCAAACGGCAAAGUCCAGUGCAGACUGCAGGGCAAUGUGCCAUUCAGACUUAAUGAGUUUGAAAGCUUCUCCACCUUACUUGUUGAUGGCAGACUAGACAGGGAGCAGAGAGAUAUGUACAAUCUGACCAUCUUGGCAGAGGAUAGUGGGUAUCCCCCACUAAGAAGUUCAAAAUCAUUUGCUGUUAAAGUUACAGAUGAAAAUGAUAACCCUCCAUAUUUUACAAAGCCACAUUACCAAGCAAUGGUUCUGGAAAACAACGUUCCAGGUGCAUUUCUUCUUUCAGUCUCUGCUAGAGACCCUGAUCUGGGAAUGAAUGGCACAGUAUCCUACGAAAUUAUCAACUCUGAGGUGCGUGGAAUGUCUGUAGAGUCAUAUGUCACUGUAAAUUCAAAUGGAGAAAUUUAUGGAGUCAGGGCUUUUAAUCAUGAAGACACUCGAACAUUUGAAUUUAAGGUCUCAGCAAAAGAUGGAGGAGAUCCCUCAUUAACAAGCAACGCGACCGUUCGAAUUGUCGUACUGGAUGUAAAUGACAACACACCUGUAAUGACGACCCCACCACUGGUUAAUGGCACUGCUGAGGUGUCCAUCCCAAAAAAUGCUGGAGUUGGUUAUCUGGUUACUCAGAUAAAGGCCGAUGACUAUGAUGAGGGAGAAAACGGAAGGCUGACGUAUUCCAUCUCAGAGGGAGACAUGGCCUACUUUGAAAUCGAUCAGAUUAAUGGGGAGGUGCGAACUACAAAAAUAUUUGGAGAAAGCGCCAAGCCCUCCUAUCAGAUCACAGUCGUAGCUCACGACCAUGGUCAAACAUCUUUAUCUGCUUCUGCUUAUAUUGUCGUCUAUCUCUCUCCGGACCUUAACACCCAGGAGCAAAUUGGACCCGUGAACCUGUCCUUGAUUUUCAUCAUCGCUUUGGGCUCCAUUGCUGCUAUCCUGUUUGUUACAAUGAUCUUCGUGGCAGUCAAAUGCAAGAGGGAUAACAAAGAAAUUCGCACAUACAACUGCAGUUUCUUUUACCUGCGCAGGGUGGCGGAGUACUCGUACGGCAACCAGAAGAAGUCAAGCAAAAAGAAAAAGCUCAGCAAGAAUGACAUCCGGCUGGUUCCUCGCGACGUAGAGGAGACUGACAAAAUGAAUGUGGUGAGCUGCUCGUCCCUUACCUCUUCACUUAACUACUUCGACUACCACCAGCAGACUCUGCCGCUGGGCUGCAGGCGAUCUGAGAGCACCUUCCUUAAUGUGGAGAGCCAGAACAACAGAAAUGCGGCACCAAACCAUGGCUACCACCACACUUUUACUGGGCAGGGCCCACAGCAGCCUGAUCUCAUCAUAAACGGCAUGCCGCUGCCUGAGACGGAGAAUUAUUCAAUUGACUCCAGUUAUGUAAACAGCAGAGCACACCUUAUUAAAAGUACCUCAACAUUUAAGGACAUGGAAGGCAACAGUCUAAAGGACAGUGGUCAUGAGGAGAGUGACCAGACUGAUAGCGAGCACGACGUGCAGAGAGGCCAUUAUGUCGACACGGCCGUCAACGACAUGCUUAAUACGACCAUGCCUCCCAAUAGCCACCAGCUGUCAGAGCCAGAUCCCUCAGAAGGCUUUCACUGCCAGGAGGAAUGUCGCAUUCUGGGCCACUCAGACCGCUGCUGGAUGCCACGAGUGCCUGUUCAGCCACAUGUCAAAUCACCAGAGCAUGGCCGUGAUGUCAUCGCCCUGUCUAUCGAAGCCACCGGUGUUGACAUGCCCCAUUAUGAGGACUGUGGUACCACCAAAAGAACUUUUGCCACUUUUGGCAAGGAUGGUCCAGAGGAAGGGCCAAAGGGCAAACGGAUGGGUGAGAUGAUGAGCAUCUGCAGCCCUAAAGCCACCAGUGCCAUCCGUGAGGCUGGAAACGGGCGAGAGGCCAUCAGCCCCAUCACAUCACCGGCUCAUCUCAAGAGCCCACAGUCCAAGCAGACCUCUGGUUACAACACGCUAAAAUGCCGUGAUGCAGAACGUAUUGCCAACCACAGUCUGCUCCGUCAGCCAGAGGGCAAAGACAGUGAGCCGUCCAUACACGAGAUCAACACACUCCUCCAAGAUGGUCGGGAGAAAGAGUCCCCCAGUAGCAAGCGUCUUAAGGACAUUGUGCUUUAACUAGCUGUCACACACACACCAAGAUUGCGGAAGCCAUUCUGAUUGGAUGUGUAUAACAAGUGGAACGAAGAGGCAAACAGCUUUGCCUAGAAAGACAGAAACCUUCAGUGCAUACUUUCAUUAAGACACCGUCAUUAGGUUGUGGGACCAAGAAGGAGUAUGCCUUGAUUUUUUAGGAACAUCACUUUUUUGUUUACUGUUUAUCGCUGGCAGGGAAUGGGCAGGCUGGUUACCUGUUAGCUGUACAACGUGCUAAUCCCUGCUUCCUUUCUGUCUAUAUCUUUUGUAAUCCUUUAAAAAGGUGAAUCUUGGCACAUCAGUGAUGUCACAGCAGUAUAGUCAUUGCCUUUUAGACUUAUGAUAGAGUGUUUUCGGAUAAUGCCUUUUUCAGCGUGCAAUUUGCUUCACCUGCCAAAUGGCCCCAU